AUUUUACAGGUAAGUAGAUUAUUGAACAAUAUACCGAUAUCGGACAAAAUUGAUCAGUGAACAGGACUUGAUGGCCGCCAUGAAAUUAUAGAAUUAUAAGCUGGCUGGGCAGUGAUUUUAUAUAGCUAUAUAUUUUUAUUUAUUCGACAAUGGACUGUAUAGUUCCACCACAAAAUACUCUUUGGACAGGGGCUUUGUCACAUGGCCUACCUAGAUACCACCAGAGGAAUUUUUUCCCGAAUUUCUACUUCCAACAGAAGAGGUCCUUCAACUCUCAUUUUUUCCCAGGACCAAGUGUUUUCUUCCCCCAUGAUGACGAUGUGGAUUAUCCCACUGACAUAAAGGGAGAAUUGACACAGACGAUGCCAUAUCAUAAUAUGGUUGAUGACAAUGGUGAAAUCAAACUUUGUGUUGUUUGUGGUGAACGAGCAAGCGGAUUUUACUUUGGGGCAUUAGUAUGCCUACCAUGUAAGAGCUUUUAUAUAAGAUGUACGAAAGAUGGCGAACCAAGCUUCACGUGCCAGUGUAGCGGAAAUUGUGAUAUAGUUAAACAAGGUCGUAUUCGAUGUCAAUACUGCCGCUAUCAACGAUGUCUAAUGGCAGGAAUGUGCCGUAAAGAGAAACCAGAGACAGUCCAGCCAGCUGAAGGCCAAGUCUUGUGUAAAGUUUGUGGUGACAUUGCUAAUGGCAUUCAUUUUGGUGUAAACACUUGUGAAGGAUGCAAGAAAUUUUUCAGACGCGGUUUAGUUGAAAACCAAAGUUAUAUUUGCAAAAGCGAGAAAGAAUGUGCUAUCAACCCAAGAAAUCGUAACAACUGUAGAUAUUGCCGUUAUCAGAAAUGUUUGACUGUCGGCAUGUCCAGAGAAGCAAUAAAGAUGGGAAGACCAAAGAAAGGAGAUGGAAGUGAAGCAUCCUGUUUGACAAGCAGUCCCAAAAUGACUCGCCAACCACUUGUAGACUUAGAAAACAAUCAAUUAACGAAUCCCCAAGUCGGGGAGGAAUCUUGUGAUAAUGUAAAGACAUGUUUACCCGUUGACAAAAUAAAGGAAGAACACCUUACAACCAGUUGUCAUUUUGAAAAGAAACUUGGAGACAGUUGUAACCAAGGGCAAAUGUGCACGCCGAGAUGGCAGCCUUGUAACCAGGGACAAAUUGUCUCCACAGGUUCCCACAGUCAAAAUGCAAAUGGUGUUACAGAAUUUAUUGAAGAAGAAAUGGACGAGAUAUUGAUGAUGUUACAGAAUGAUAACCAAGGCGGACCUCCCGCCAAAAAACAACGUUGCUUUAGGUACAAUGAUGAGAAUAUGCAGAGGACCUGCAAGCCAGAAUUUGGAAUGCAAAAUGAGGAAUGGCUAAUAAACGAUAUGUCCGGUCAACCGAUCGCUGAACCCAUGAAUAUGAGCGUGAAUCAUAUGAUGUCAAGACCACCACCUCAGUAUCCUGGUUAUACUAACAACAUGUCACCUUGUCAUUCUCCAAGAAGUCAGGGGUCAUCUCCUCCAAGGUAUAUGUCAGAUGCUGAGGUCCAUUCCCCAGGUUACAUUCCAAAUGGUAGUCCUAGAUCACCAUCUUGUCAGUAUUCUCCCAGGCAUAGCCCCAUGUACAUGCAUCCACAUUCCCCACACAGUCCCUAUCAGGAUGACAUGUGUCAACAAGGAUCACCAUACAGUGAAGCUGGAUACCACAGUGAACCAUACAGUCCCCAGGAUAGUUACCAGGUCACAGAUUUGUCUGUCCAUUGUGGUUUACAGGCGAUGAACCCCUGUGGCUCUCCAGCUCAAACUUCUCCUGUCUACAACAGUCAAAUGACUCAGCUAUCAAACCCCAGCCCAUCUAUGACCAUUCCUCAUCAGGAAGGGGGAGUUAACUCCCAUGACGGCUGGUGUUUGACUGGUUCUCCGUCAUUUUUCUGUGAAAGUCCAUUACAAAACUCAAAUCACACAACCAUUCCAAAUCAGGAAGGGAAAAGCAUUCGUAGUUCAUCCAGAUUAGCAAACCUACAGAAGAUUAACCAUUUUUUCAUGUCAAAGACUCCAUGUACUCUCCAACUGUCCCCAGAUAAUGACCUUGAUGGGAAAAUGACAAGAGGUGACAUUGAAGAAGAAAUUGUUCAUAAAACACUUGACUCGGUUAGCCCAGCACAAUCAUUCUACUACGUUAUGUCCGAGAGUCACUCGUACUCGAGUGAUUCAAGCUGCGGCACAAACUAUGAUACAUUUACAUCUUGCCAGCGCGCCAACAAAAGAAAGUCAUGUGACACAUCUGAUAUGACGGACCCAGCAAGUUUAGCUGGUUCCAGUGUGGGAAAAUACAACGAGGGUGUGUCCAGGAAGUAUUGGCAACAGAUACCAUGUGACAGAACAGAUGUGGAGCCAAUGACGUCACACAAACAAGCUUUACUAGAUCACUUGAACAAAAUCUUUGAGCAGAUGGUGGAACGAUGUACGGAAUCAUUAUCAACGAAGCCCUUAACAGGACAGGAAAAUGCUAACUGGCAGCAGAUUCAGUUACGAAUUAUUCGUAACACAUCGGCAGUGGUCAAGUUUGCAUCCCAAAUACCAGGGUUCAGUAAUCUCCACCCAGAAGACAAAGAAUUCCUGUGUAAACGUGUGACAUUCAUGAGCACCCUUCUGAUGGCGGGACAACAUUUAUACAGCCCAUCAGAGAAAAAUUUCCAUGAUUUCUGGAACUGGCAAAUCACACCUCAGAACCCAUUUUAUUUAUUCAAAGAGAAGCUUUUGGAAGUUGGAGAAAAGAUUCAUUCGGCACACAUGGACAUGUAUGAAGUUUCAGUAAUGGCAGCUCUCAAUUUCCUGGCCUCUGACUUCUUGGACUUGGCUUAUCCAGAAGCUAUUGAGGAGGGAAGAGGAAAACUUAUUGCUGCACUUAAAUCUUAUGAAUUAACAAAAGGAAUAGAUGUACAUUCAAGGCUGACACAUUUGUUUAGCCUCAUUCCGGAGAUCAGACAUGUAGGCAUGUGGCAUCAGCAAUUAAUGAAACAGAUGAAGAUAAAUGUACACAAGCAGGAAGUGCAACAACUAUAUGAUGCAGUCAAUUAUAGAGAGAGCUAAAUAUUUAGUGGUGUUAGACCAUGUUACAUAGCCACAACAAAGCCAAAUAACUUUUUAGCAAUACCAGGCCACAUAACAAUUAUUAUGAAAUUAUUAGUGAAAGGUCAACUUACAUUUAGCAAUACCAGGCCAAUAUAUUACACAGUGCAAGGCCAAAUUAUAUUUAAUGGUACCAAGCCACAUUUCAUUCAACUUAAGGCCAAAUAACAUUUAAUGGUACCAUUUUAGCCAUAUUACAUUCAACUUUAGGCCAUAUAACAUUUAAUGGUACCAGGCCACAUUAAAUUCAACUUUAGUCCAAAUAACAUGCAAUGGUAACCAGGCCACAUAACAUUCAGCUUUAGGCCAUAUAACAGUUAGUGGUACCAGACCAUAUAACAUUAAACUGAAUAAGCCCUGGUAUACCAUGAAAAUAUGCAUGUCCAUAUUUUUAUAGAAUUCUUCAUGGUAAAAACAUCUAUAGAUUGAAAAAGUGUAAAAAUAAGUCACAUGAUAUAACUACUCAAUUUGAACAAAAGCAAGGCCACACUAUUUAUGAAAGUAGUUUAACUGAAAAAUUUGUCUAAAUUUUUGAUCACCCAUAAUAAAACUGCAUACUUUUUAAAUUCUGACAAAACUUCCUUGCUUGUACAACCAUUAAUAAAGCUGGUUUAUUUAAAAUACAGGAUAAGAAUGUGUCACAAAGUACUUUUCCGUCCAUUUUUAUAUGCAAUAAUGUCCGUCCAUCAGACCAUUUUUAGUCUACAAUUUCAUUUUAAUUUCUACAUUUUAUAAUUCUGCUUACUAAAUUUCAAUGAAAUUUUACAAUAAAGGUCCUUUUAUCAAGAUCUUGAACUAU